UUUUUAUCAUCAUGGAAUUGUCCAAGUGUCUUGAGUAAUCAACGUGUCUAGUCCUGAUAGAUGAAACAUCUAGAAAUUUGUUUGAAAUAAUGUUCUUUUUGAUGAAAAUCUUUAGAAAAGCAUCACGCAAGCGUCAACGAAAUAACAUAAUAAGUUAUCAUUGCGCUUGCGAAUUUAUCAUGAUCGCGAGUAUGUAAUUUAUACACGAGUAAUAUUUUUUUAUCAUUUUUUAAAAAUAUAAAUAAGCCAUUUUGACCUACAAAUAAUAUAUAUGCAUCUAAUAACGUCAUCAUGUUUAAAUCAAUACAUAACUAAUCAUGAAAAAAAAAAAAUGUUGCGGAUUAAAAAAAAGAAAACAUACAGUAUAUUACACUGCAGUGUGUUAUCACUGUCUAGAUAUAACAAAAAAAAUUUUUUUUUUAGUGUCUGUUGUGCCUUCUUCAUGACACAUCAAUUGUCAUUGAUAAAUUUAUACAACAAUGAAGAGAGUGUUAAAAAAAUAUAUAGACAGAUGAAAAAUUAAUGUCAUCAAUAUUUUUGAUGACUUAAAAUGGCAUCAUCAGAACCAGACUGGUGUUUUGCUAAAAAAGGUUUAAAACUUUUUUUAAAUAACAAGCCAGAUGAAGCUGAAAUAUUAUUUGCUCAAAGACCAGAUAGUUUUCAUAUUAAAACAGCAAGAUGUUACAUGUUAUUCAUGAAUGCCUUGAUGACCUUUGAAAAUGAUAAACUUGAAGAAGCUGUUAAAUUAUUAAAUGAAACAGAACGUGAAUGUGUUGAUGAUGUUGGCUGGUUUAAAACAGUCAAAAAUCGUGUAUUUAAUAAUGAUAAAUUACAUGAUGAUUAUGGAAAAAAAUUAGAAAAUCAAAUUGUCUUAGCUGAUACACAAGUAUGUGCUGCAAUGCUUGUAUUUUUACAACAAGAAGUAUCAAGUUAUGUACGUGGUGGAUGGAUGAUGAGAAAAGCAUGGAAAAUAUAUCAACAAACAUAUUUACAAUUAUUUCAACUUUAUAAACGUACAUUUGGUAUUAAUCCAUCUGGUUUUAAUGGUGAUUUUAUGUUUAACAAAUAUAAAAAUUCAAAUUGGUCAAUUGAUUCUUGUAACAGUACACCAUCAACAUCAACAACAACAGCAUCAACAAUACUAUCAAAAACAUCAUCAAUUAAAAAUUCAUUGUCUAUGAUAUUUUCAUUAACUAAUACGACAAAUUCAAAAGAAGAAAACUUUGUUGAACCUGCUGAAGUUGUACGUUUAAUGUCAGCUGUAAGUUUUGGAUAUGGAAUAUUUCAAUUAUGUGUUAGUCUUGUACCACAAUCUCUUCUUAAAGUCAUACAUUUUUUGGGCUUUGAGGGUGAUAGACGAGCUGGUCUAACAGCUCUAAUGUAUGCUAGACUAAGUGAAGACAUGCGAGCACCAUUAGCAACACUAUCAUUGUUGUGUUAUCAUACGAUAAUAAGACCAUUUUGUUCUUUCAAUGAAUCAAAUAUUAAAUGUGGAGUUGAUGCAGCAAAACAGCUGCUAAAUGAAUGUCAAGAUGAAUAUCAUGAUAGUGCAUUAUUUCUAUUUUUUACUGGUCGAGCUGAACGUUUAAAAUCAAACAUAAAUGCCGCAUUGGAAAUGUAUAAUCAUGCAAUGAAUGUAUCAACACAACGUGAAAUAAGACUUCUUUGUCUUCAUGAAGUUGCUUGGUGUCAUGUUAUUUGUUUGAAUUAUACUGAAUCUUAUAAUGCAUUUUCAAGAUUACAAAAUGAAUCUCGAUGGUGUGAAAGUGUUUAUGCAUAUAUUGCAUGUGUUUGUGCUGGUUCAAUUGAAUGUAACAACUGUGGUAAUGAUGAGCCUAUGGUUGGUCUUGCUAGUUUAAUUUCUGGUGCUUGUUAUACUUAUCUAAAUGACAAUAUCACAUCAAUAAAAUGCUUCAAAAAUUGUCUCAAUAAACGUAUUCCAUCCAAUGACCAUGAUGAUCAACAUGUCAGUACUUUUGCUCUUUAUGAGCUUGGUAAUAAUUUAUGUAAAAUAAAUAAAAUUGAUGAAGGAAAAGCUUCACUUGUUAAAGCCCAAUCACAGUAUACUAAUUACGACUUUGAAAGCCGUCUAAGUGUUAAAAUUCAUUCUGCCUUAAAAAUAUAUAAUACACAAAAUUUAUAAAUUAAUUCAAUGAAAUUUUAUUAUGUUAUCUAUUGAAGAA